AUGCUCGACCCGCUAACGGCCCUAUCACUUGCCGGAACGGUAGUCCAAUUUGUGGAUUUUACUACCAAAUUGCUUACCAAGAGCUACGAAUUGUACAAAUCGAAGAAGGGAUGUCUGCAAGUUAAUGAGGAACUAGAAGAGGUCACGUUGAAUCUUCAGUCGCUGGCUUUAAAACUUAACAGACCUCUUACGCUCGUCAAUAUCCCACACGAUGAGCAAGAUAAGGAUGCGAAGGCUCUAGAAAAGCUAUGUAAAUCAUGCGUCACGCUGUCUAACGAAAUGAUUAAGAGGCUGGAUGGAGUGAAAGUGCACGCAAAAUCCGGAUCUUUCAAGAGUAUGAAGGAGGCUCUGUUGGCAGCUUGGAGAGACGGACCGCAAAAGAAUCCGGCAGGAGAAAUUGACAGUCUAGUUAUGCGACUUCAAAUGUACGAAAAUGCAUUGAAGACUCGGAUCCUUGUUGACUUGCGACUUCAACUGAAUUCUGUCUCGCUUCAGAUGUCUGAACGAUUUGCUGAAAUGGAUGUCCAGUCUCGUAAUAUCAUUACGGCAUUGCUUGGAAAUCAAACGUCGGUUGCUAGAGAUCUGCAGGAACAGACUCUCGCUUUAACACAAAUGCUCAGUCGAACAGAAGUUGUAAUUAUCAACCAGACCCGGGCUGUUAUUCUGGAUGCUAUACGAUCUGGUGCCGUUACGAGCCAAGCCUCAGAAGCUGACCAAAGCCUUCUUAACGGAGUACGGACGCAAGAAGGUGAUAUAAGACUUUCAAUAGAGAUAAGCCUUCUACAGGAUCUUGAUUUCUCUACGAUGAAUGAUCGACAGUGUGAAGUAUCUGAAGCACAUAAGAAGACUUUUGGUUGGCUAUUCGAUAACUCCUUGGAUAAUGCCGCACCUUGGAAGAGCUUGACGAAUUGGCUUCGUUCUAGUGAAGGUAUCUACUGGAUAAACGGAAAGGCAGGUAGCGGAAAAUCGACCCUUAUGCGUUAUAUUUACGAUCAUGGUCAGACCAAUACUCUUCUGGAGGAAUGGGCGUUACCAGAAAAGCCUACGUUUGCUUCCUUCUUUUUCUGGAACAGCGGAACCCUCGAGCAGCGCUCGCAGAGCGGUCUCCUGCGUGCGUUAUUGUUCGAGACUCUCAAUGAACACCGAGAUCUCAUUCCAAUCGUGCUACCCUGGCAAUUUGCAAAAGAGUACUCGAGACAUUUGGAGGGUAUCAAAGACAAGGUUCGGUCGGGUGAUUUUUGGCAUAUUUCCAAACUCCAAGCCGCAUUUCGCAUCCUAGUCACACAGAAAAUCGUUCCUAUAAAAAUGUGCUGGUUCAUCGACGGUCUUGACGAGUAUGAAGGCGACCAUGAGGAGAUCAGCGAGCUCUUUCGCGCAGCCGCUACGGCAAACCCAAAUGUCAAGAUUUGCAUCUCAAGCCGUCCUCUUCUAGCUUUCGAGGACGCAUUUCGAGCCUGUCCAGGUCUCCGACUCCAAGAUCUCACUCUCCGAGACAUAAAUGAAUAUGUCAGUGAUAAGCUCACAAAUCACCAUCGUUAUCGAAAGCUUGCCUCUGGUGCAAACAAUAAAAAAGCCGCAGCACAACUUAUUCAAGACAUCGUGGCAAAGGCUGAUGGUGUAUUCCUCUGGGUAACACUCGUGGUCAAGUCUCUGCUUGCAGGGCUUGGUAACCGCGACGGUAUCAAGGAUUUACAACGGCGCUUAAAUCUACUGCCCAACGAUCUCGAGUCUCUAUACGCCCAUAUGCUCUUGAGAAUAGAUCCAUUUUACCAAGAAAAGGCAUCAGAAAUGUUCCAAUUGAUUCGAGCAUCCCGAGAAUUGACGCCGGUCUAUUAUGAUGGCGACUCGACCAAACAGAUGACGCUUUUUGCAUUAGCACUGGCCGACGAAGAUGAUUACCAACUCGCCGUUACAACGCCGGUCAAAUUGUGGAACACUGUAGAUAUACAAGAGAGGUGCGAGAUCAUGGCCGAUCGAUUAAAGUGCCGAUGCGCUGGUUUAAUAGAGGUUCAAGAAUUCGAUCCAGCUGCGCCAGGCAGCAUGACACGAAAUAUUAAAUCUGCCAUUCGUGCAGACAGCAAGGUUCAAUAUUUACAUCGUACGGUUAAAGAUUACCUGGAAAAGCCUGAUAUCUGGAACAGCAUACUGGUCCAUACUUCUGAGUCCGGGUUCGAUGCAAACAGCCGCAUGCUCAGUAGCUGUAUUUUGCAAUUGAAAACCUCUAUGAUUUCAGUCGAUAAACAUGGCCUAUGGCACAUGGCAUUAGAUGCGAUGUCCUAUGCAUAUCAAGCCGACAUGCAAUUGGCCAUAUCAAAUACGGAAUUACUAGAUCAGCUAGACAUAGCUAUGUCCACGCUUUAUAAAACACCUUUAGGAGGACACUGGUCAAGCAACAGCCCAAACAAACUCUCAGGUUAUAUCACAGAAACUUGGAACAGCAAUAUGUUGUCAUUCGCAGUCCAAUUCGGGCUUGCUGCGUACGUCAAAGAAAAGCUUGCGGAGAAUAUUAAGUACGGCACAGAAAAGAAGGGUCGACCAUUAGUAGCAUAUGCUCUAUGCCCAUUGCCCUUAGUUGAGGAUUAUCCGGCCAAUGCUAAAGUCGUCGAGAUGUUAUGCCAAUACUGUCCAGAAAAUGUUCUAUAUAACGAUACGGAACAUGUUCUGGCAGAAGCUGUUAAUUUUCAGGUGGGGAAAAGAAAAAUCCAGACAAGGCAGCUAGUAGGUUCGAAUAAGAGCUGGGAAAGAGAGCGAGUAGAAAUGUUUCGACUGCUACUUGAGCACCACUAUGAUGUUUCUCAGCGCUCCGCCGAUAGAACGUCAUUUUCGCCGGACCCUCCUACUGUUUACAAAAUAAUAGAAGCCUUUGGGACAGGUCUUUCGCAGGAAUCUAUGCAGGCCCUCGAAUCUGCGGUACCCAGCUGGCAAGUUCCAGAAAAGCAAGUCACGAAUGUUAUUGCAGUCAAAGAAAAGCGACGCUCAAAAACAGAUUUUCUGCGAAGGCUACUCGGCAGAAAUUGA